AUGCCAAUCACGCCAGCUAAGCGCGACAGAACAUGCGAAAACUUCACCAAGGCUACUUAUCGCGUGAUGAGAAGAUGCGACCAGAUGAGCCGCCGCUAUGGCGCUGACUUUACGUAUUGGUGCGCCGGCAACAUCGACACUACGACUACAGCUCAACGAACGACAAUUGCUUUCCAACUCAUAUUGACAUGUCAUGGUGGUGCGGAACAAUGGAAGAUUCUGCGGCGUGUGCUUGAAGACUACAACAUCUGGCACAAGAUUGGUUUCUACACUGGCGAUAAUCAUGGCUCAAACGACAAGCUAUGCCGCCUUCUGGGCGAACAUCUUCAAGGUAAAGGCAUCGCUUGGGACGCCAGGUCGCAGCGAAUCCGCUGCCAUGGCCAUAUCCUCAACCUCGCUGUACAAGCCUUCCUGUUCAUGGAUUCCAAAGAAGCAGCGCAGGCAGCUCUGGAGCAAAUUGAGCUUACAGACGAAUCGGCGUUUGGUGCAGACUUCUCUGAAUCGGUCAAGGCCCAGAGAAUACAAGGCUGGAGGCGGCUCGGACCGCUUGGUAAGGUGCACAACAUUUCGGUGCAUAUGCGCGGCUGCGACUUCCGCUGGAACGAGUUCAGGAGGCGCGCGGGGAGGUCCCUAGGACUUGACAAUGAUACGCGCUGGAACUCGUGGUUCCGCCUCCUAGACGUUACUCUUAAUCUCCAAAGCGACGUGGAAUGGUACCAGAGGAAGUAUUAUGACGAUCUUCGCGAGGACUACCUCGCGCCAGAAGAGUGGCGACUUACGGAGGGACGUUGCGCUACGUUGGAUCGUUCGCUCUUCACCCUGGACGUUCUACACAAGCAUUACACCCAGGAGUUUGAACGGUGUGCUCAUGAUAGCGAGAUGCGAAGCUGCAUCGCAGCUUCUUGGGCCGUGUUUGACAAGUACUACCAACUGACGGACGAGAGUCCGGUCUACGGCGCGGCCAUAAUACUUCACCCGUCGAGGCGGCUGGCGCACAUCAAGAAGAACUGGCCAAGGUCAUGGCAUAAGCAGGUCCUUGACGGCGCCAGGUAG